CUCUAGGAGUUAGGUACUUUACUGUAGAAAGCCAUGAAUUUAGUUGGCCUAUUUGUUUCAGUGUAUAUUUAGCUAUUCGGCAGAAUAGAAUUAUAACAGAGAGAGUACUGGAGUAGAAGCAGCGGUCAGGCUGUCAGGGAGAUUUUAUUUUGAGUAAGUCGGUAAAGUUUAAUGAAAUUUGACCUUCUGACCGGAGUUAAAUUUGGGUGUCGAACUCAUAUACCGGUACACCCCAAAAAAGCGCUGUUUUCCCUAGUUCCUAAAUACAGUAGUAGAAUUUCUUAAAGAUAUAGGGGUGCUGGGGUGUUUGGUAUCUAUGGUCGUUUACCAUUAAAAUUGUCGGCGCAGCGGUGUGGCUCAUCGUGCUAAGCCAGUAAGCGCCACAGCCACCGCACCGCUCUAAUUACUCUGCGUGGGUUUGCAGGUUCGAAUCCAAUGCGGGAUGGUUAUGUGCGAGAGGAUCGCUGGACUCCUCGCCGCCGUAGGGUGGUUCACAUAACCGGCUUCCUCCAUCAUCAAGUCCAUGCUUCCGAAAAACAAGUAACUAACUAAUCCCAUACACGACAUGGAAUGAUAACCGGACGAGAUGCCGUGGUUCGCCAUAUGGAUAAGCGGUCUUAUCUGCUUUUCUCUCCACCAGGAUAAAUAUGUAUAUCCUAUCCUAUGUGAAUAAUAUGUGUUUAUAUGAUCGAACCAACAAUUACUGAAUUAUCAAUACACAAAUGAAAAAGAUAUUUAACCUUUUUCAUCCAACCUACUGCAACGUUUGUUCAUCUUUUUUGUUGUUUAUAUCUGUAUAUAGGUAUUGUAGGUAGUGAAUUGCUUCUUUUCUAACCAGUUUUGAAAAUGUUUCUCAAUAAAAGACAAAAGUUACCGCAGCCUGCGGUAGAUCCAAAAACUAAAAGUUUACCAAAAUCAUAUCAAAAGAAAACUCCUGAUGCCAAGUGGCCAUCUCAGGCACCUAAGUCGGCAACAGUAAAAGAAUCAAAAAAGCCUCUGGACUGGGAUGAUAUAUCUUUAUCUAGCGAUGAUUCGAAAUCUUUUCAACGAUUUUUAAAGAAAGACUCUGAAGAUACUGAACAAGAAGAGGGACAUAAACAAGAGAAACCGUCAAAAAAUGCUGUGAAGAUCGAGUCGUUUGAACGUCCAAAGACAUCUAGAGGUAGUCUGGAUAGACAGAUAUCAGAUGUAAAACCUCAUAUCUCAUCAUCAAAUGCUUUGAAUCGACUUGCCUUGAUUGAGGCUCGAUUCAAGGAUAGGCAAAUUGAUCAUUCGCAAAACAUACUUGCUAUGUCAUCUUCUGAUUUUGAUCUUGAUGUCAGCUCAGAUUUGGAUGUAAAAAAGCAAAUAGGAAAAUCGAAAAUUAAAUUGAGAGAAACUGUAAAAAAGUCUCAAAAAAGCAAAAGCGCUACCUUGUCGAAUCGGUUGAAUAUUCUAACAGUGGGUGAAGAAACUGACACUUCAGAAGAAGAUGGAAUAGAAAAAAUGAGAUUUAUUAAAGAUAAUCCUAAUGUGGAAUUUUCCGAUGAUUCCCAGAAAUUAGAUCUUGAUUCUAGAUUAGAUUAUAAUAAAGAAAAACUUCGUGCAUCUAGCGAGUUUGAUGACAGUGACUCCGCUCUUGCAGACAAAAAUCGUUAUUUUGUUAAAAGAUCUGGUUCCCCUAAGAGGGUAACUUUUGCUUCAGAUCUUGUUAGAUCAAGUGAUUUGGAACAAUCUUAUGAUGAAUUUAUAUCUAUGAGUGAAAAAAGUGAGGAUCCAGUUAGUCUUGAUGAAAUACUACCUACCAAACUUCACAAUAUUAUGUCGCUUGACGAUCUUCUUCCUUCGCGUGAUUCAAUAGACGAGGAUGACAAUGAUCGUCCAACAUCAGCUUUGGGUUUUGCUGGUCUGCAUUCGGUUGAGGAAUUGAUACCCUCCGGAAAAGAUAGCGAGGUCAGAUCAUCUAAUGAAUUUGCUUCCUCAAUGGAAGAAGAUAUACAAGGAAUGUCCGUAAAUAGCGAUGACAUUUCAUCCAAUAUUGAAGGCAAUUUGCAGAAUUUGAGAUCUAUUGAUGAAUUAGAAAUUGGACCAUUGGAAUCUAAAGAUGGUAAGAUAGAAAUAAAAUCGAAGCCUGCUAAUAUUUUUAAACCAGAAACGUCUAUUCACGAUUCAGAAUCUGAGGAAAUCAAGUCUGAGUCUAUAAAAUAUUCCGAAGAUUUUCAUUCAAGUGAUGAUGAUACUUUAAAAGAUACUGAAAGUAUAACUCAAGAUAUUGCGCAAUCAGUUUCUUCUAUACCUUCAUCAGUUCCAGAUGAAGAUUCAUUGCAGGAUAAAACAGCUAGCUAUUCAUCAUCUUUCACCUCAACAAGGACUUCAUCCUCAUCUACAAUUUCUACCCGGACACCAACUCCUCGUAAAAAGAAACUCAAGCCUAAAAAAUCUCAAACUACUGAAACACAGACUGACAUAGCAUCAGGUGUGUGGGUACCUGGAUCAGUAUUUGCUGCUAAACCAUUUACUCCGACAAAAUUAAUAAAGAAUGAAGCUUUGGACGUGUUGUCUUCUUAUAAUCCAGCAACUCUUGCUCUUCAAGAUAUUUUGCAACAGCAAGUUACCAUAACGAGGGAAUUUAUAGCUAGAUCCAGGCGACUCCAUGAAUUGGCAACUUCUGCAAUACCAUGUGAUUAUGUUUAUGGAAAUAUUAACGAAGAAUCAUUAGCAAGGUUGAAAAAUAUUUGGUAUGCUCAAGAAAAUUUAACUGUUUCACCUAAAUGAAUUCAAAAUAAAUUUUUGUGAACUGUGUAUUCAUAACAAAAUUUUUGAUUAUAUAUAUUAUAUAUUGACUUUAUAUUAAAAUUGCAGAGAACAAUUCAUUCCCAAGUGUGAUUCGAUCAAAAUAUGUUUCAAUCAUGAUUUAUAAUAUAUGUUUAUAAAAGUUUGAUUAUCGCAUUGGUUCUACAACUGUGCUUUCAAUACUUUUGACUUUGUUGCGAUUUGACCAUACAUUCCUUCAAAAAAUAUUUAAAUAAGUUAUAUCAGAUAGUCAGUCUUGUUAUAAUGAUUACCGUUAUUAUCAGGCACAAAGAUGAGCUUGUAUAUCACAUCGACUAACUAUGCAUAUACUAUAAAAAUUAGAAAUAUUAUCUAUAAUAAACUGAAUUUUAGCUUAUAUAUGUUAUAAUAGUAUUUAUAUAUCAUUUAUAGGCUAUAGCAAUGUAUUUUAGAACAUACCGGUAAUAACAAUAUUAUGAAUGUAUGCUUUUUCGGCCGUUAAAAUUUAUUCGUACUUCCAAUAGAGUUGUGUACAAUCAAAAUAGAAUUCGAAUAGCCCACUUUAUUGUUUUUACGUUCAGCGCUCCAGAAGUAUGUGUACCAAUAUGGAGGUAACUAAUUUUGUUCGCCUACUUCACAUCAAGCCGUGUAAAGGUACUGAAACCUAUUGUCUAUGGGCAGGGGGAUAUUCAUUCGGCUAACACAGACGGACCCACGAACUCGUAAUAAAACUAAAAUAGGGAAAAUUGGAAUAAAGUACCGUAAUGGCCUAACCCUAACCUGGUACACAUACUUCGGGAGUACCUUAUGUUCAAUAUGAUAUUAAUGUGCCUUAGUCUGUUAUUGGUUAUUAUUAGGCCAUUUGAGUGCUAUUUUUAUACCAACUGUGAGCUUUAAUAUUUUUGGAUCUGUGCUGCAUUUGUGUGCUUUCUAUUAGCUUUUGUAUGAAAUUAACACUUGAAAAUAUAUUUUGGUAAUGUCCACAUUUUUUUAG